AAAUGAGGGACAGAAAGAAAGUGGUUGAGUUAGAAAACGAAAUUUGGUUUAAAUAAACAGGAGAGAGAUCAAGCUCUUCUUCAAAUCAAAUUCUUUUCCCUGUUCCUUAGCAAGAGCAGAUUUCUUGCAUUGUUGGUGUGACUAGUGUCAUGUGUCGGAACUUUUACAACGUUAGACAUACCAUAUCACAACAUACCAUUGUAUCUUAUAUAUACAUAUAUUUCAUUAAUUUUAAUACUACCUUAAUAUAAUGAAUUACUAUAAUGAGUGAUUUAGGAUUAGGUUUAAAAAAUUACAGAAUUUGAAAACUUGUCUUAAAAAAGAUGUUUUAUGGACGCUAGCUUCAGACCACGCAUUCCAUUACUCUUGUAUUUCCAGGAAAGUUAUAUAAAUUGUAUAUUUAGAAGUUCUGUGAUUGUUGCAUUUUUAUAUAAUGAAUAUCAAUAUUUACAUCGGGUUUAUCUCCGUACUAACAUCCCAUGGACUCUGCUAUCCGAAUGGACUCAGUGUAGAUAGUUCUUGUUCGGAUCUAACACCUCUACAUGGUGUUAGCUCACAGAAGAGCACACCCCCUUAUAGCCUAACAUUUAGUCCGACUACAUUCUCACCAGGGCAAACUGUGGCAGUCACUCUUACUGGUCUAAGUACUGGAUUUCUAGGAUUCAUGAUACAAGCGAGAAAAUCUGAAACAGACCAAAGUCAAGAAAUGUUUGGCGCUUUUAGUGGGAACUUUCUAACAAGACAAGCUUGUUACGGGAAAGCCUUGGUGCAAUCAAGUAAAACCUUAAAGCAAACUAUAACAUUUAGCUGGAUUGCGCCAGAUAUAACAGUCGGUAAUGUCAUAUUUAGAGUAACUUAUAUACAAAAAGAGAAACUUUUCUGGACCAACAAACAGUCCAGCACUUUGAUAGACAUCAGCUCCCAACCUGUGACACCGCUGACCUCACCUGUAAUGUUUUUAACUACAGCAGUAGGCAAUGCAACAUCAGCAACUUCACCUGAGGAUUUAUCAACAACUGUUGUUGUUUCAACAUCUAUGACUAUGCCUUCAUCCGAAUCUAUAUCAACACACGCUGAUUCAACAUUUGAAAGUACAUCAUUAUCAAACAAUAGCUCUUACAGAGAUGAAGAUUCCCACCAGACAGGAAGCGCUUACAUGACAGUACUAUCGUUCUAUCAGUGCAUGAUAACUCUGGGCUUAGAACUCUUAUUACUUAACAAUCUUGUGUAAUCACGUUUAUCUACCUUUACACAUCAACACCAGAGAUUACACAAAGAUAACUCAAAAUUCAAAUGUAAAAUUCAUUACGAUUUCACAAAAAAUUAAAUUUGCUUUUAAAUAUCAUUACGGAGUGUUUUCAAUGCCCAAUGCUUUUCUUAUGAGUAUUGAUGCCAAGAAAUGAAUUG